AUGAAUCCCUCACAUGGAACCGACACCUCUGUAGCCAUUGGCUGGUCAAGCGCGUGCUACCCCGCCAAAAACCCCUCCAUCGACUCCCCACCAGGACCGAAAAUCCAUGACUCAAAACUUGACCUCAUCAGUUACCCUUUCCACGACCGACUUCGUUGCACUGCAAACACCAUCACAAUGAAGCACGACGAGCUCGAGACCGUGGCCGCCAGCCUCGGUGGCGAUUUCCGCUCCAUUGAGCCCCAUCUGCGCACCAUCGACAAGCACCUGACGCUGCGAACCUACCUCGACGGCUUCGCCCUCGGCCCCCUCGACACCAAGGCCUGGCAGAGCCUACGCGCCAACAAGGCGGCUAUGGGCUUCAUCCGCAAGAACACGCUCGGUCACCUGUCGCGCUGGUUCAGCUACAUCGAGGAGGCGCACCCCGAGCUCGGCGAGGAGGCCAAGGCGGCCGACGCCGCCUCCAAGGCCAAGACGGCGGCCGCCAGCAAGGCCGGUGCCAACUACAACCUCGCGCUCCAGGAUACCGAUAAGGGUGUCGUGACCCGCUUCCUUCCCGAGCCCUCUGGCUACCUCCACAUCGGACACGCCAAGGCGGCCCUCCUCUCCGACUACUUUGGCCAUGUCGCCUACAAGGGCCAAAUGCGCCUUCGUCUCGACGAUACAAACCCGUCCAAGGAAAAGCAAGAGUUCCAGGACGCCAUUGUCGAGGAUCUCGCUCUCAUGGGCAUCAAGCCUGACAUCCUGACCUACACGUCGGACUACUUUGACUACCUCUACGACAUGUGCAUCAAGAUGAUCAAGAUGGGCAUGGCGUACGCCGACGACACGGAAUUGAAGGUGAUGCGCGAUGAGCGCAUGGACGGCAUUGCCUCGAAACGCCGCGAUCGAACCAUCGAGGAGAACCUGCGCAUCUUUGAGGAGAUGAAGAAGGGUACCGAGGAGGGUCUCGCCAACUGUAUGCGUGCCAAGCUCUCGGUGGACAAUCCCAACAAGGCCAUGCGCGACCCCGUCAUCUACCGCUGCAAUGUUGAACAUGCUCAUCACCGCACUGGCCGCAAGUGGAACAUGUACCCCAUGUACGAUUUUGCCUGCCCUGUCGUCGACAGCCACGAGGGCAUCACCCACGCUCUCCGUUCCACCGAGUACACCGACCGCAACCCUCAGUACCAGUGGUUCCUUGAUACUCUAGGCCUCCGAAAAGUACACAUGUGGGACUUUUCCCGCCUCAACUUUAUCAAGACCUUCCUCUCCAAGCGCAAGCUUGCCACGCUCGUCGACAGCGGCAAGGUCUGGGGUUGGGACGAUCCUCGCAUGCCGACUGUUCGUGGUGUCCGCCGCCGCGGCAUGACGGUUGCUGCCCUCCGUGACUUCAUCAUUAAGCAAGGCCCUAGCCGUAACAUUGUCUCGAUGGACUGGACCACUUUCUGGGCUGCUAACAAAAAGGAGAUUGACCCCAUUGCUCCCCGCCACACUGCUCUGCUGAAGAAGGACUUGGUAAAGGUUGACCUUUCUGGCGCCGACACUCCCUCCGGCGUCGUGGUUGAGGAGCGCCCCAAGCAUCCCAAGAACCCCGACGUUGGCAACAAGCAGGUAUACUUUUCCCCUCAGAUAUAUCUUGACCAAGUCGACGCCAAGACUUUCAAGACUGACGAGGAGAUUACUCUCAUGGGGUGGGGUAACGCGUUUGUCAGGGACAUCCCGUCCGGCGACCCCAUCCCCAGCCUCAAGCUCGAGCUCAACAUCAAGGGCGACUUCAAGUCGACCGAGAAGAAGGUGACGUGGCUCUCGGCGCAGGGCUUCGAUCUGGUACCGGCUGAGUUGUGGGAGUUUGACUACCUCAUUACCAAGGACAAGCUCGAGGAAGAGGACAACAUUGAGGAUUUCCUCAACCCCAACACGGCCAGCAUGGAGGAGGCUGUGUGCGACCCUGGCGUUGGAAAGCUCAAGACGGACGACAUUAUCCAGCUUGAGCGCCGUGGCUUUUUCCGUGUGGACAAGGGCCUCGGCGACUGGGCCGAGGGCGAGGCGGGUGAAAAGGGACCCCGCGUUGUUCUGUUUGCCAUUCCCACUGGCAAGGGUGGAAAAUAA